GGAGAUGCUCUAAGUUUUUGAAAGUGUCCAACAUGUCAUGAAACAGUUGCUACUGCCUUUCAUUUAUGGUUUUCCCCCGUUCCCUUUAGUACCUGACUUUCCUUACCUGUGACACAUGUCUUGUUUGUAACAUUGACCAAACUCUCUUUGCUUGAGAAACAAAGCGUUACAUAGCUUUGAGUUCAAAAACCACAACUUGUUGCUCUAGAGUUCAAGUGUGAAAACCAAUCUCUCUUGAAUCCUAAACCAUUCUGAACUGAAAAUGGGGUUUUCAGCAUCACUUCUUCUCUUCCCUCUCCUGUUUUUCCUCUUAAAUCCAACAUGGGUACAUGGGAAUGCAGAGCUAAGAGCACUCAUAGACAUGAAAGCUAGUUUGGAUCCAGAAGGCCAUCAUCUACGCUCCUGGACUAUCAAUAGUAACCCAUGUGGUGGAUCUUUUGAAGGAGUGGCAUGCAAUGAGAAGGGUCAGGUUGCAAAUAUUUCUUUGCAGGGAAAAGGGCUUCCAGGGAAGCUUUCACCAGCCAUUGCUGAGCUCAAGCACUUGACAGGACUCUACUUGCAUUAUAACUCUUUGAAUGGAGAGAUACCAAGAGAAGUUGCAAACUUGACUAAGCUUAGUGAUUUGUAUUUGAAUGUGAAUCAUCUUUCUGGGGAAAUCCCUCCUGAGAUUGGCAGAAUGGAGAGCUUGCAAGUUUUGCAGCUUUGUUACAAUCAGUUAACAGGAAGCAUACCUACACAGCUUGGUGCUUUGGAAAAGCUUAGUGUUGUUGCUUUGCAGUCAAACCAGUUAACUGGUGCUAUCCCUGCUAGUCUGGGUGAUUUGGGUAUGCUGGUGAGGGUAGAUUUGAGCUCUAAUAAUCUUUUUGGUUCCAUUCCCACUAGCCUAGCUGAUGCUCCUUCACUGAAAGUUCUGGAUGUUCACAACAAUACACUUUCUGGGAAUGUACCUUCUGCUCUUGAGAGACUAGAUGCUGGAUUUUUGUAUGAAGACAAUCUGGGAUUAUGUGGAGUUGGGUUUCCAUCCUUGAAAACUUGCAAUGGUUCAGAACAUGUCAAUGCAAGAAGACCUGAACCUUAUGGAGCAUCAACAAGAGAUAUCCCAGAAACUGCAAAUGUGGAGUUACCUUGCAAUGGAACUCAGUGCCUUAAUUCAUCAAAAUCCAAAAAAGCCACAUCAGUUGCUAUUGGCGUACUUGUGGUAAUAAUUGCAAUGUCUGCAAUUGGUGGUUUAACCUUCAUGCUAUAUCGCCGGCGAAAACAAAAGCUUGGAAGUUCUUUUCAUGGCUCUGAUAGCCAUCCAAGUAUUGAUGAAGCCAAGGGAAUAUACAGGAAAAAUGGAUCUCCUUUGGUUAGCCUUGAGUACUCUUCUGGAUGGGACCCUUUGGCUGAUUAUAGGAGUUUGAGUUUCAAUGGGGGUAGCAAAGAUAUGUUCCAGAGUUCCAGGUUCCACUUGGAAGAAGUGGAGUCAACUACUCAAUAUUUCUCAGAGUUGAAUUUGCUGGGCAAGAGUAACUUCAGUGCAACAUACAAAGGGGUUUUAAGAGAUGGAUCUGUGGUUGCUGUGAAGAGCAUUAGUAAAACUAGUUGCAAGUCUGAUGAGGCUGAGUUUUUAAAGGGAUUGAACAUUUUGACCUCACUGAGGAAUGAUAAUUUGGUGAGGUUGAGAGGUUUUUGCUGUUCAAGGGGAAGAGGUGAAUGCUUUCUGAUUUAUGAUUUUGUUUCUAAUGGAAACCUGUCAAGCUUUCUAGAUAUUGAGGAAGGUGAUGGAGAAGUCCUUGAAUGGUCCACUAGAGUUUCUAUUGUGAAAGGGAUUGCUAAAGGUAUGGCAUAUUUACAUGCAUACAAAGUAAACAAACCAGUUAUUGUGCACCAAAACAUCUCAGCUGACAAGGUUCUCAUUGAUCAACGUAACAAUCCAUUGCUGGCAGAUUCUGGUCUCUACAAGCUUCUCACUAAUGACAUUGUCUUCUCUGCACUUAAGGCUAGUGCAGCAAAAGGUUACCUUGCUCCUGAAUACACAAACACUGGCCGAUUUACCGAGACAAGUGAUGUUUAUGCCUUUGGGGUGCUGGUUUUCCAGAUUCUUUCAGGGAAGCAGAAGAUAACUAGCUCAAUAAGGCUUGCUGCAGAAUCCUUCAGGUUCAACGAAUUUAUUGACCCGAAUCUCCAUGGCAGAUUCUUUGAAUAUGAGGCAGCUAAACUAGUAAAAAUAGCUUUGCUUUGCUCCCAUGACUCUCCUUUUGAGAGGCCAUCCAUGGAAGCCAUUGUUCAAGAACUAGGCAACUGUAGUAGCUGUCUCUGAUUUUAAUGAUUGAAUUACUUCUCCCUUGAUCCCCACAGUGGCCUUUGUGGUGGUGAGUGGGUGAUGAGAUGAGAAGUUAGUACUAACUACUCUUGGUGGUGAACUGAACUUUUAGGGAAUGAGAUUGUUCUGUAUCCUUGUCCAAGGACUUGCUUUAAUGUGAAUGCCUGUUAUGUUGUAGAUUAGAAAAGGGGCAUUGCUCUCCUCAAAUCACAUGUUACUAUGUUGAAUGUCA